UUUUGACAGUUUACUUUAUGCGAGAAGUAAUUGUGUUUACAGAAAAUUUAUUUUGUUUUUUAGCUAAAAAAGAAGAUAAAAUAUAAAAUAAAUAAGUUUAAAUCGUGAUCGAGAUAUCCCUAAAAACUAGAGCAAACGAUGUCCGAUAGUGCCGAAACAACACAACAAAAAAUGGAUCGACGUAAAAAGAGAACGUCCACCAACCAAUACAUGAUGUACAUUGAAAUGAUGGAAAAGGAUGCUGUGUUUGCAACUGGACGUAUACCACGCGAAUAUGAUUCUAACUAUUUAACAAGAAAGUGGAAAGAGUUGUCCGAUAAGCUUAAUAACUGCAGCAACGGUCCUACAUUGACGUCGGAAGAGUGGCGCAAGCGUCUCAAUGAUUGGAAGAAUACAACGAGAUGCAAGUACAGACGUAGUAUAUCGGGUGAAAAAGAUAUUACAAUGACCUCUUUAGAAUUGCGUGCAUUAGAGCUGUUCGGCAAGGUACCGGCCACUGCACCCCCUGAACAAAUAUCCAUACAUUUUAAAUCAGAAAAAGAAGAGGAAGAAGAAGAAAUGGAACAUAUGCCAACGACGGAAACAUUCCAGAAACAAUUGCAGGCAGCCGUUGAGGAAGCUAUCGGAGACGAAGAUGCGGAACACAUGGUCGAGACUGAACAUGAAGAACAUGAGGAAAUUAUACCCGAAAAUACACACACUUCUUCGAUGACACAUGGCGGAAGUGGUGGUGGCGGAGGUGGUGGUUCCAAUCACGGGAAUUCUAUUAGCGGGGGUGGCGGUACUACAUAUCGUACAAUUGUCGUUGAAGAACCCGCAUAUCCCGAGGAUGAACAACAUGAAGAACAAUUGGAAUUUAUAACACAUCGUCGUUCUACUCUGGCACCGUCUAACAGCAGUACCGCAAUACAAACAGCCGUAGUUACAACGACACCCACAGCCACGGUAACAAAAUUAAUUAAUGGCGAUAUUCCGCUUAAGCGACUACGAUCACAGAUAUCCGAUCAAAUUAUAUAUGAAGUAAAAAAAGCACCACGAUACACAGUUACUCAUCCCCACAUUCAACAGCAUCAAUCACAAACACAACACCAGCAGCAACAACAGCAGCAGCAACAUCAUCAUCAGCAGCAACAACAACAGCAGCAGCAUAUAACCCAUGAAAUACAAACAAGUUCAUGUUCAACAUUGGGUGGACAAUUGUUAGCUUCACAGGAUGUUCGUGAAGUGGCUAGACAACUAAAACGAAUUGCAGACAUUAAAGCAGAAAAACUCAAAUUUGAUAUUGCACGUUUUAAAUUUAAUAAUCCCGGCUUUACUUAUAACUUCAAUCCCUCAUAGUAGGACGAUGAGUAAAGAAGAUUGUAAACAGAAACCCCCAAUAAAGAAACAAAAUUAACUUUAAGAUUUUAAUGUAUUGUCACAUAAACACAAUUACUAUUAUUAUGUUUUAUUUUUAUUUUAUUUUUACUUAUUAACAUUUUAUUACUUCUCAUCUCUAACUACAUA